CUUUCUACAAAUUUCAUUUCCUACUAUACUAAGCUCUCUUUCUCACACACACAUAUACAUACAUAUAUAGGUUAAUGGCAAGAACAUCAUCAGAGCCACUGAUAGUAGGGAGGGUGAUAGAAGAUGUUCUUGACUAUUUUAGGGCAAGUGUAAGUAUAAACGUGAGUUAUGGCAAUAGACAAGUUUGCAAUGGAUGUGAGUUUUACCCUUCAGCCGUUGCUGCCACCCCUAGAGUUGAGAUUCAUGGAGGUGACAUGACGACUUUCUACACUUUGGUUAUGACUGAUCCUGAUGUUCCUGGGCCUAGUGAUCCAUAUCUCAGGGAGCAUCUCCACUGGAUAGUGACCGACAUUCCUGGCACAACAGAUGCUACAUUCGGAGAAGAAGUGGUGAGGUACGAGAGACCAAGGCCAAACAUAGGGAUUCAUAGGUUUGUGUUUGUUGUCUUCCAACAGAAAGUGAGGCAGUCCCUUGACACCCUGCCUACGUGUCGUAGCAACUUCAACACUCGCCGUUUCGCAGCGGAGAAUGACCUCGGCCUCCCUGUCGCCGCUGUCUUCUUCAAUGCACAGCGCGAAACCGCCGCCAGACGCCGCUAACGCUAAUCAUCCAGAUUAAUAAGUAUGACCUACCAAACGUGUGCAAAUCAAACUUGGGGGAUUGAUUGUGUUUUCGAAAUCUUAUGAAUAAAAAUUAUGGAAUGUGGCUUUGAUAUGUAUGAACUACGGACUGAUUACAACAAGUUUUUGUUA